AUGCACCCACAUCAUCACCUGCCAGCACAUUCAUCAUCAACACACCAACAAUUUAAUGUUUCAUUAUCGAGUAGCCUUCGAAGAUUAUCCGAAUCUACUUCAUGUUUACUGUUAAUUAUCAUUGCGAGUAUUGUGCUACUACAAUCAAUGAAUGUUGUUUAUGGAGCAUUUCCUGCUAAUAAUAUGGAAGUGAUUGGAGGUGGAGGAACCUUUGCAGAAGAAGUUCACAAAGGAUGUGGUCAAUCAUUCUUUAUUAAACAUUUUUCAAAUAACAUUGAAAUGAAUUACAAUGCUACAGGUAGUGGUACUGGUUUAUUGAACUUGAUCAAUUAUACAUCAACACCUUUCGAUUAUGCAGCUGGUGAAUUAAUUCCAACCGAUGCUCAAUAUGCUGCUAAUCCAGGUUUACAAUUACUUCCAUUUAUUGGUGUAAACGUUUUAGUUGUUUUCAAUUUACCUGGAAUUUCUUCUUUAACCUUAAAUAGACAAGUAAUUGUUGACAUUUUUGCUGCUCGUGUGACUAAAUGGAAUGAUGCUUCAAUUGCUGCAUUAAAUCCUUCAAUUACUUUGCCAGAUGCCAAAAUUAAAAGAGUUGUGAGAUCUGACAGUUCAGGUACUACUGAACUUUUCACAUCUGCAUUGGCUGCAUUUGCUUCAAGUACUGGAGUUUCAUGGACACCUGGUGUGCAAAGUAUUUUAACAUGGCCAAGUGAAGCAUCAGAUAAUAUCUCAAAACAAAAAGGUACAUCUGGUAUUUCAAAUUACUUGUACCAAACUCCAUAUACUAUUGCAUAUAAUACACCUUCUGCUGUAUUUUCAUUCACAUCAGCAACUAUUAUUAACAAGUAUGGAACUCCAGUUGAUGCUUCUGAAACAACUUGUAAGAAUGCCAUGACAGAUUUUCAAGAUGCAUUCGAUUCUAAAUUCUCUGCAACAAUUGUAGAUGCUCCAGGUCAAAAUUCAUAUCCAAUCUCUGGUUAUUCAUAUCUUAUUUAUAAGAGUUCAUCAAUUGAAGAGUAA